UUUUACUGUAAAGUAAAUGUGCCAAUGUUUUUGAGAUGCAACUUUGUAUAAGCAGAAAAGCUGAUGGGAUGUUGUGCUGACUUGUGUGACAGGGUGGCAACUGCAGAAAGCCUGAAUCACUUUGUUCCUUCAGGGCUGUUCAUGGUUGGACUGCAGCGUUGUGUGAAUUAAUCCAAGCAGAAACAAGGCUUUAAUCAGUAUGGAAGACUUCACUCUCAUACAUUUCUGGAGUGAGACACUGAGGCACUAAUACCCAGAAAGCUCUGGUCUAAAGUAGUGUACUAUAUAAGAAAUAGGGUGCUAGGGCUCUGGUCUAAAGUAAUGUACUACUAUUUGUGUUGUGCUGGGGCUACAGCUAUUCAGCUGAUUGGGUCUAAUGUUCAGGUCAAUGCAGUUAUUAGUAACGUUAGAACAGACACGGUUGAGAGGUGAUAGAUCUUUGACAUCAGAGACCUUGUUAACUCACGCUGCUCGCCUGCACUGGCCAGCCUAAACAGGGUUUAUUGCAAUUUGAGACCCAUCCCUCGCAGAAGAGGACAAAGAGAUGGUAUUAAACUAAUAUGGUCUUUGAAAGAUAAUCACUUGUUUCUCAAAUGGAAUCCUGUUCACUCUGUAGUGCAUUACUGUUGUCCGGCGCCCAUGGGGAGUGGUGUGUUAUUUGGGAGACAUCACUCCUCUUCAGCCUGUACGUACAUUGACACAUUCCCAAAAUGUGUGCCAGUGAAUAGGCACUGCCAGCAUAGUGUUAUACACAACAUGGACGCAGGCAUGCAGUGUUAUACACAACAUGGACGCAGGUAUACUGUGUUAUACACAACAUGGACCUCGCCAGACAGUGCUCUCCAAAAUGCUUAGGGUUUGGUUUAAAAAAAAAAUAAUGUGUGGGCAGUAAGUGUUUGUGGUCAUAAAAAAAAUUACAAAUAACAUUAGGUUGAAUACAAAAAAGGAAGGGGAAAAAAAUAUUUGGGAGGUAAGUACUUAUUUAACAAAACCUCUGAGGUAAAACAAAAAAAGAAAGUACGGGUGACCAUCUUUUUAAAUGUAGUUAGGAACCUUCUAAUGGGCAGGUCUUAAUGUAGCACAUCCAGUCCAGCAAAUCCUUUACUUAUACAGAGAAAUCAACUUUUGACAUUUUUCACUGCUGAGCCCUUCAUCACAACAAUACAACAUUCUUACAAAAGGGACAUUAAAUACACUUUUUCCCCCGUUUUUUAUCUCUCUUCUCUCAAAUGACACUGCUUUUUAAUGAGCCACAGUCAGGCAAUGCGGUAGAGCAUGUCUAUUUGAACAUAAAUUUGUUAAACUGUAGUAUCACGUCUCAUUGAACCAGAGUAUUCAAUCUGUGGUUCACAGUGCCUUAUAAAAUGUCUCAUUGAACCGGUGUUGUUAAUCUGGUUUACUGUGUGAAUCUUGUGACAAAAACAUUAUAUUGUUCAGAUGUCAGCCAUAGGCAGGUCCCCAGGAGAAUCAGGUGUGUCUACUGUCUACUGUUUGAAAUACAUUUCAUUGAGAUGGUUUCUAUGAUCUUGGGUGUGCCAAUUUGUGUUGCUAAAGUUAAAUAGGUGGUGGGGGGUGAGGGCAUGUUUUAGUUUUUCUGUUUGUUAAUACAAUGUGUAUUAUGCUGCAUCCAUCUAUACCCAGACAUCUGAGAUUAUUUGAAACAAAGCAAAACUACGAUGCACCUCUGAUCUUUGGUUUGUCACUGAUCCAGAAGCUGAGCUACAAUCUUCUAUUUUGAGAAGUCUAAGACAUGGGAAUAACAGGACUGGUGCCUCAUAUAGUCUGAUCAUUUUGUCAAAUCAUGCCAAUUAACAAAACACUGAUAGGAAAAAACCCUCAAAUAGGGACAGUCAUACAGAACAACCCACACAAAAACAUUCAAAAUGUUAAAAUAUUACACAAAUCCAAGUGCAUGAUAUAUUGAUAAAUAUCUUCCUGGGUGUACCAAAAUGUGAUUUCAUACAGGUGUGGUUGUCAAUGAGUGAAAUCUGACACAGUCUCCUGAAGUCGGAUCCCCCCCCCUUAUGGAACAUCUUUCUCCCUGAAGAUCUCUAUUUCAUGCUCCUCUCUCAUUGUCUCCCUUUCACAAACUCAUUGGAGAAGAAGGUCAAAGGGGAGGGACCUUUGUCUUUCCCUUCCAAUGGAUUUAAAGGACAGUAGUAAGGACGAGGGGCAUUUUCCAUUGGGAUCUUUCUCAUCUGCUCUCAGAACAAUGAAGUGUCUUUCCAUAAACUCUAUUUAAUUAGAACUAAACGUCGGUCUGUGUCGUGGGCCUGUAAGUGACUCAUGACGAUCCAGAUGACUCCGCUAGAGGCGUACCAGAAGAUCUGCUCUCGUCAUGACAGACUGUUGGAUGUUUUCUGUCGCACCGAUCAGCAGUGUAUCUGUUACCUGUGUACCAUGGAUGAUCAUAAAGGCCAUGACACUGUGUCAGCAGCAGCUGAGAGGACUGAGAAACAGAGGCAGGUUGGGAUGAGUCACCAGGAGGUUCAGCAGAGAGUCCUGGAGAGGGAGAAGGAAGUCAGGGAGAUCCAAGAGGCUGUGGAGUCUCUCAAGUGCUCUGCAAAACUGGCAGUGGUGCACAGUGAGAAAACCUUUACUGAGAUGAUCGGGUCUAUUUGGAGGAGGUGCACCGAGGUGAAGGAGCUGAUCAGAGCCCACGAGAAGCUUCAUGUUAGUCGACUUGAAGAGCACCUGAAACAAUCGAAGAAAGAGAUUGUGGAGUUGAAGAGGACAGAAAGUGAACUGCAGAAACUCUACCGCACAGAAGAUCAUAUCCAUUUCCUUCAAAGUUAUCAGUCUCUCUCCGGUUGCAGUGUAUCUUCAGAUGUCCCUAGUAUUGCGUUCCAUCCUCUACAGUACUUUGGGGAUGUCAGUAGGACUGUGUCUGAGCUGACCAAGAAAUUUGAACACUUCAUUAAAGUACAGUGGGCCUUGAUUUCUGCUACAGUGAAAGACAUUGAUGUUUUACUUCCUCCGGAUCCCAAGACCAGACAACAGUUUCUGCAAUACUUCAGUCAGCUCACACUGGACCCAAACACGGCACACACACAACUCUCUCUGUCGGAUGAGAACAGAAAGGCAAUGUUUACUUUUCAAAGCCAUUGUUAUCCGCACCAAGCUGACAGGUUCUCCUACUGGCUGCAGGUGUUGUGCAGAGAAGGUCUGACUGGACGCUGCUACUGGGAGGUGGAGUGGAGUGGCAGUUAUGUUGGUGUGGCAGUGUCUUAUGCAGACAUCAGGAGAAGAGGUUCAUCUUAUGACUGUACGUUUGGGUGUAACGACAUAUCAUGGAGGUUGGAGUGUUCCAACAGCAAAUACUGGUUCAAACACAACAACCAACAGACUGAAGUACCAGGCCCUCAGUCCUCCAGGGUAGGAGUUUAUCUGGAUCACAAGGCAGGUACUCUGUCCUUCUACAGCGUCUCCUCUGACAUAAUGACCCUCCUCCACAGAGUCCAGACCAUGUUCACUCAGCCUCUCUAUCCUGGCUUUUAUGUGUGGUAUGGGAGUGCAGAGCUGUGUCAACUAGAAGUCCCCUACAGUUGAUUUGGGUUAUGCUUUUCUUUCUUUUAGGACGGGAUUCAGUGGGAUUGUGUUGUAGGAGGACUGACAGAUUAAGUCGUUAGACUGAGCUGACACAUGCAGUGGUUAUAGAGAAUGAGAUCUCCGUCAGCUUUUAAAAGACACUUUAUCAACAUUGCUUUACAAUGCAUUGAGCAGAAUGAAUGCUGACCUUCAUCAUGUACACUGAUAUUUAUCAGGGACCCCAAACAAUUUGGUUGUAGCCCUGAACAGGCAUACCUAAUUCAAUAGUCAAGGGCUUGAUGAUCAGCUGACAAGUCAAACUAGGUUUGCCAGAUCUGAUCAAAUACAUGGAAUGGCUGGGGGUCCCCGAGACGAAGGUUGAAUACCAAUAUGGCCCCCAUGUGAAAGACAGAUGACAUAAAAUGAUGCUUCAUAAAAAGUUCAGUACUGGUCCCAUAUCAAUAAUUGCAACACACAUAGCAAUAAUUGCAGCACUUGCUGCUGUAAAAAUGUUGUCAUAUAAUUUUCUGUUUGUUUUGUUGUUGUUUUUUGUCACUAAUUUUUGUCACUAUCCAGCAUUUAACAGCAUAACAUUUUCUGUGCUGAAAUUGUUUUUCUGGAUAGUAGUUUAUUGUACUUAGCCUUUUUUUUUGCUAGCAUUUGUCUCAAUGAUACCUGACCAACCUGAUGGCUAUGGCUGACUUCUUCGUAAAACUGACUGGUCCACAAAGUGCUCUUUGAUGGUGCAUUUUCUGUUGUCAAUUAAUUUAGUGUUGAU